AGUCAACGUUUAAUGUGAUAAAGACUAAAUCAGCCUAUUUUGUACUUACCCAAACCAAAGUUUUCACCUCCAAAUUUGAGUCAGGCGUGUGUCUGCUUUUGGAUCAAAUAAUCAUAUGGCACAUGCAUGCGAUGUGAUUUUCAGGAGGUUAUGAUCAAUUCCCCAUGUGCAUAAACUGAAACUGAAGUGAAUUUUAAAAGCGAAAUUGAUGUGAGAAAAUGGAAGUACUGCGAAUGUUACUUGAGUUUGUAUCGGACUAUAAGUUCCUCCUGGGACUUGGGAUAGGAUUUAGUUACAGUAUAUUCAAGUUGCUACGAAACAGUUCUAGCAGUGAGUCUGAUUUGGACGAAAAAAAUAACGUGAUCUUCAGCGAUGCUGACAGCAAUUACAAACUGGUAAUGGUUAUCAGAAAUGACUUGAAAAUGGGCAAGGGGAAAGUUGCAGCACAAUGUUCUCACGCAGCUGUCGCAGCCUAUAAAUUAGCUAUGAAGCAUCCACAAAUUCUCAGGGAAUGGGAUGAUUGCGGCCAAGCAAAAAUAACCUUGAAAGUGGACAGUGAAACAGCUCUGCUUGAACUAGCGAAGCAUGCCAAGGCAAUAGGUCUUCUAUCUAACGUAGUUCGAGACGCAGGUCGAACUCAGAUAGCAUCUGGUAGCAGAACUGUUUGUGGGAUUGGUCCAGGUCCUGAAGAGUUAAUUGAUCAGAAUAUGGAAAAGAGUGUUGAAUACUGACUGAAUGACCUCUUCGAGAGCUGUUUCAUCUUUUCAACACAGCAGUAACACGUUGCAUUCAUUUGUACAAUACUAAACUAUCAGUCAUUCGUAAUCUUGCCCCGUACAAU